AACAAGAAUUUAUUCGUGCGCUGCAAGUGAGAUUUUUAUUAGAUUUCUCUCUGCAAGUGCAUAUAGAAUGUGAGUCCAUCACGAGCUGGAAAAGUACGAUAAGAUGAUGCGAAAAUUUAACCUUUUCAUCCACUUUAGCGUGAUUUUUCUCUCGCACUGGAAAAGCGAGUCUGCCAUGGCAAAAGAUGAAAAUCUUCUUGACUUUUCCACCAACUAAACAAUUUGGAGGCACACCAAAGAAGAGCCAAAUAGAACAGUGAGAGUGAGAGAUUCUCAACAUUUUUCCACACACUCCCGCCUUUUCGGAGAGUUUAUUUUAAGUGUAUAAAAAAAGAUAAAAUUGCACACGCCGAGAGUGAGAGAGAAGCUCUACGAUAUGAUCACCAACUGUGGACCCCGGAUAGACAUCGUGGAAGAUGCGCGAGAUUCCUCUCAGUCAGUCUAUUGGAGUGCCUUUUCACGAUCAGUCAGACGUAUUGCGAUUGCGGAGGAAGUGAUCGUGUAUCGCGCAAAACGAUCGCGGAUCUGUUUUCAUUCAAAUUUCCGUGAGCUCUCCCACAGAGUGAUUAUGCAAAAAUGAUGAAAGGUGCGCUUGAGAAUAGGUGGUGUGUCCUUGGAUUGAUCCUGAUAGCUGUAGCUGUGGGUCCGGGUUUGUGUCAGCGGCAACAGCAGCGUCCAUCAGUGCGUGAUCGUACCUAUGGGGAUACAACAAGUCCAGGAUCACAGACACAUGAUUCCAUUGGGGGUGACUCCAUCCUGGCGAGACUCUACGAUCGUCUGGCAACAAUUGUAACACUCGAUGAGCAACUCCUGAAGCGUCUCGAAGCACUUGAGUACAAAAUAACAAGGAUAGAGGUAUCGAACCAGGAAAGGUAUGACGCCAUCCGGGCAGAGGUGCGAGAAUUAUCGCGGCGCUAUCAGAAUUUCGAUUGGAUUCUCACAAAAACGGAAGGAACAGUGGAGGAGUUGAAAGGUGAAUGGGAUGCAGUGAAGGGUUCACUGUACCAGGUGAGCGGAAAAGGUGGUGGACCAGUGACAUCCGGUGAAUUCUCCGACAAACUCAAUGCUCUCGCCACCCUUCUAACAUCCACACGCCUGGCUGUGUUGCGAAUGGAGAAAGAGUUCAUCACUGCUGGGCAGAAUAUCACGGAACUCCAGCAGAAUCUCAAGGAUGUAUCUGUGAGUCAGAGGAAUAUUCCAACAAAAUCCUUCCUCAAUAAUGCCCUGUUGGCCGUGAAGAGUCCCCCUGUGUAUGCUGUGAUGCACCCCAAUGGAGCACGAGGUGGCUCCGAAGGGUCCUGUGAAGUCUCCCUGCUCCCAUCAAGCUGCAAAGAUGCCCAAAAACGUUCAGGAAUAAUAAAAAUUCAACCCAGUGGACACAUUCACAAUCCCUUCUACGUUAACUGCCUCGAAGGAUGGACUGUGAUUCAGCACCGGGAUGACGGUGGAGUUAAUUUCUAUCGAACAUGGGCAGAAUAUAAGCAUGGAUUUGGGAAUUUGGACGGAGAAUUCUGGAUUGGUCUUGAUAAAUUGCACGAAAUCACCUCAUCGCGCAUCCAUGAGUUGCUCAUUCAUCUGGAGGACUUUGAGGGUGAACGACGCAUUGCUAAAUAUGAUUCCUUUGCCAUUGGCGGGGAAAAGGAGAAUUAUGCCCUUGUGCUGCUUGGGAAGUAUUCCGGAGAUGCGGGAGAUUCACUCUCCUACCAUGCUGGGCAGAAGUUUUCAGCACUUGAUCUGGACAAUGAUUCAUGGGUGGAGGGAAAUUGCGCUCAAGCACAUACAGGCGGUUGGUGGUACAAUGCCUGCGAUACCAGUAAUCUCAAUGGACGCUACUUGGGCGGUGAAGUGCCUGAUGAGUUGCGGUACCAGGGGAUUUACUGGAAUGAGUUCAAGGGUGCCAAUUACUCCCUCAAGAAGGUCCGCAUGAUGAUUCGACCAGCAGAGUAGAGUCCGCUCCAAUAUGUGUUCCCUUUUCGUCCUUCAAGAGAGCCCCUUUUCCCGCUUCAGCUUUUUUUUUGCCUUUUGUAUAAGUCCAAGAUAAAAAUUACCUUGUUGAAA